GUAGGGAUCUCGCCGCCGCCCUGGGAGGUUCUGUUGCUCUCGUCCCGGCUCUCCUGUCCAGCCUCUCGUAGUGCCUGACGGAGGUGCUGGAACGCUCGUAGGACUGUGUGCUUUUAAGAAUUCUGCGACAAUGCAUGCUGGUGCAUUCACUGGACAAGAGACUCCCCUUUCAUCGCGCAAAGAAGAGUGACUAUGCGUUCCCGUUCAAACGAGAGUUUUAGGUGAAACUUGAUAUGGGGACGUAAAUGAACUUGAUUUGGUUAACUGAUACCGGGCUGUGGAUACCAUUAGUGACCGUCGCGGAGGUGAUUCACGUGCAAUGCUUGUCGUCCGCGUGCCCCCCUCUGCUGCGUUCGUGUUUCUGCAACAACGGACGCUCUUAUGAACGACAAGGUUAUAACUCCUUAGCUUUAGUUUUAGCUGAUAGUCGUAGUGUGAUCGAACCUGGUGGAGAUAUUCGUGAUCUGGAAGUUUGCUUGUGAAAAUUCAGAAGGACGAUCAGACGCCAGAUAACAGCAGUACAGCACGAACAAGAAACGUGACAAGGCUCUCUAAUGGUCCCGCUCUAGGACAGCAACGCUGACUCGACAAGCCAAGGAUGAGGUGGCGGCGCCCUUUGAAGCGGCUGCUGCUGCUUCUCAUGUUCGUGUGCAUGACUAUCAAGCUGCACCUCGAACUGCGUCUGCUGGACUCGUCUGGGGAGAGGGCGCUGUUCCCCUGGCGCGCCAACGAUACCGUCAGGAACGCAGCCGCCCUGUUUGGAUAUCCCCAGCGGGAGGAGGAGGGCGUGGCGCGGGCGGGAGGACACGCAGCGGCGUCUCCAGGAACGCGUGACGGUCGCCAAGGGAUGAAACUUCAGGACUACUUCGCUCGGAUCAAGACUUCGCUGGCCGGCGGCACGAGGGCGAAGGGUCCAGGGCAGGUGAACAGUACAAAUAAGGUAAAAUCGGCGGAUACUGUUAAAGGCAAUUCAUCUGUGAUAAACCUAAACCAAAAAGGCAGCGGAGGGAGCAUCCCGCCAAAAAGCCAGCCUUCAGGCAGAAAGCCCCAGUUGCCGGCACAGGGCUCCAAGUAUAGCAACAGGAAGCUCACCAACGAUAAUUCCGAGGCCGUCAAACCCGCGAUUCAAGUGCCAGCCAAACCUGCGAAGGCCAAUCCGAGAGGCGCUGUAAACAAAAGGGUGUCGGCGCAGUCCAAAAAAGGCGUUUCCCACGACGUGGACGCCAAGGAGGUGUUCCUCACGCAGCAGGACAUCAUCAGGAUAAAGAUGGAGUUGGAACUCGAAAACAAACUGCAGACGGUGUACAACGAGCAACAGUUCGGCCCGGUGCUCGCCAAUACCUCCAUCUUGCUGGUCCAGGUGCACAAUCGGCUGGAGAACCUCCGCUACCUGGUGGAGGGGAUGACGAAGGUGCGGGGCAUCGAGCAGGCCCUGGUGAUCUUUAGCCACGACUUCUGGGACCCCGACAUCAACGCCUUCGUCACCAACAUCACCAAGUUCCGCGUCAUGCAGAUCUUUUUCCCUUAUUCCAUCCAACUUCACCCGCUCACCUUCCCCGGACGAGACCCGAGGGACUGCUCGUGGAACAUCAACAGGAAAGGGCCACUGAAAUGCCUGAACCGUGCCUGGCCAGAUUCCUAUGGCCAUUACAGAGAGGCUUCGUUUACGCAAAUCAAACACCACUGGUGGUGGAAAAUACACAGGGUCUUCGAGGGUCUCCACGUGACGAGGAACUACACAGGUCACGUCGUGUUCCUGGAGGAGGACCACUACGUCUCCCCCGACCUCCUGCACGUCCUCAACAUCCUGCGGCACCAGAGGAACGCCCUUUGCCCGACCUGCCAAGUCCUGGCUCUGGGCAACUACAAUAAGAUGUCCACCGCCGUCUACAGAAACUAUAUCGAGCGAGGCGACUGGUGGGUCACCAAGCACAAUUUAGGAUUCGCCCUGGACAGGAAAGCGUGGAGGACCAUUUCCACUUGCAAGGAACAGUUCUGCAACUUUGACGACUACAACUGGGACUGGACGCUCAACAACCUCGAACACACGUGCUUUAAGCCCAAAAUGUCCAUGCUCUCGGUUAGGUUCUCAAGGGUCGUUCACGUCGGAAGCUGCGGCACCCACGUCAAGAAGAACAGCUGCGACGUCCGAAGGGAGGUCCUAGCAGCCGUGACUCGCUUCAACGGGGGCAAGCAGUGGCUGUUCCCCUCCAAACUCGUCCUCCAGGUCAACUACAGGGGCGCCGCCAGGUCCAAGAAGGGCAACGGCGGCUGGGGGGACCUCAGGGACAAGCAGCUGUGUCGGGCCAUCGGCAACGGCACCGCUUCGGAGGAAACGCUCCUGCGGCUGCAGUUCCCCGACAGGGAGUGAAGGACGCCCCCCUUUCGGCCCCCCGGCCUGCGUCCCCACCUCACUCGGGAUGCAGGGAGGAAAACCUGCCUUGUGAAUGGUUCCGAGGAGAGAGGGAGAGGGAAUCGGCUUACAAAUAGUGAAUCGUUUGAUAUGAAACCCACACACACACACACACACAUAUUAUAUUUAUAUAUACACUCACAUACAAGUAAGUAUGAUUUUCUGCAAGGUAUAUUUGGAUACAAGCCAAUACGUACAAACUCAUUACGCACAUUUACAUAACAAAUAACACUAUAAGGUUUUGAUUCACACAUAGGCGCUUCAGUCAAUCAAACUAGUAAUCAAUCACUAUAUACUAUAUAUCACACACCGAAAUAUAUAUAUAUGUAGUGUACGGACAUGUGUAGUCCCCAGGGGGCCCCACCUACCAAGAAGGGUGCCUUAAGGGCCAGGGUCCCUCCCCAUGAAGGUCAGUGGGCAUCUGUAGGGUAAGCCCACCCCCUGCUGUCAGAUCCCCUACUACUAUUGAUGUUCCACGGGGAAUAUGACCUUGUGGGAUGUCACAGCGGGAAAUCUCUUAAAUGGCUCAGUGUGUGGAACGUAUUUGGAUUAGAUAAGCGAGAUCACUGUGCAAAGUCCAGGGAGAAAAGGGCAAGGAUAGGCUAGCUUAAGAACAACACAAGAUGUAGGAGGAGGGGAAUAUGAAAGGAAAAUAUGUAGCAGAAGACAUAAGAAAGGAACGAGGUCAAGUAGAAGAACCACGAGGCUGUAUAUGAUAUGUGUUGUAUGUAUAGAUGCAAUCUUGCAGGGUCCAGCUCCAAUCUUUAAUUAAUACUGUCCCUUGGGCUCAAUACUUAGCUUUUCCCGUCCUUUCAAGUUUCUGAGCUGGAGCUGUCGGCCACGUAGUAUCAGUUCCUUACAGUAUAAGUAAAAAUGCCAGAGGAUGGAGGAAAGAAACGCCCGUGGUGCAGUAGAACAACGAAUGUAUUUUUCUAGCCCGUACAAAAGGCCGCGGGAGGCCGUGACGUCACGCUCGUGACGUGGAACAGUAUUUCAAACUUCAUAAAAUGGUUAUAAAAUGGCUAUGAAAUGGCAAUACAAAUAAUAAAAUAAAACAAAUAUGUCAUUAAGAGCGGAAAACAAUAGAUAAAAUACAUAAAAUAGGCAAAAUACAUUAAACGUACUAUAUUUACACACCGACAAUCGGCAAGCGCAACCGUACACACGCCCACGCAAACACCGCACGCAAGCCACGCAGACACGUGUCUUGACAUGCGUAUGCAGACAAGCAAGUAUACAGCUCAUACAUACACACCCACAUAUACAUAGCGCACGGACAGCGGGCGCACGCAAUUC